UCUGUCCUGCAGCAACACACUUAUUGCGCGCUGAAGACUCAGUCACGCACAUGUAAAAAAUGAAGCCCACAUUUUACUUCUUCUUCAUCAUUUGGUUCACAGAAACGGAGCUAAAACCCCGGAAAGGGCCCGGGGUGGUAUGCACUUUUAAAGACAAGACAUACAGUCCAGGAGACAGCUGGCAUCCCUAUCUGGAGCCCUUUGGGUUCAUGUUCUGCAUGCGUUGUGUCUGCUCAGAGAUAGGUCAUGUGAAAUGUAGCACAAUCAAGUGUCCAGCUCUGUCGUGUGAACACCCGGUAGCUGAGCCUCAGCAGUGUUGUCCAAGAUGCACAGAUGAGCCCAGGAUCCCUGCAGGGCUGAGAGCGUCUGUGAAAUCCUGCAGGCAUAAUGGAAGUAUUUAUCAGCCAGGGGAGACCUUCACUAAACUCGACCUCUUCCCAUCCAAGCGAAGCAAUCAGUGUGUCAUGUGCACAUGCUCUAAUGGAAACAUCUUCUGCGGUCUGAAAACAUGCCAACCAAUCACCUGUUCCUCCCCAGUCUCAGUCCAAGAUACCUGCUGUUUGGUGUGUAAAGAUCAUGGCACCAGCGGGUCCUCGUCAACUGAGGAUGGGAACCAGCAACUAAACAGAGGCGUGAGGCAUUCAGUCGACCAGUGCGCUGGAGAGCAGAGCAGGGCACGGUUCGACCGUGCCACUCCUUUCAGGGUCCGGACUUCUCCUCGAGGCCUGAGCCUCAGUAAACUUAACCUCAAAGGGGCUUCAGAGACCACCGUGAAGAUUUAUUUGCAGAGAAAACACCAAAGAGCUUGUUUAUACAAUGGCAAGUCGUACUCACAUGGAGACAUGUGGCACCCAGUUUUGGGGAAGGUCCUGGAAUGCAUCCUGUGCACUUGUACUGAUGGCCUCCAGGACUGCAAACGCAUCACGUGUCCCAGACAGUACCCAUGCCAACAUCCUAUAAAAUCAGCGGGAAAGUGCUGCAAGACUUGUCCAGGAAGUAAAGCUGGAAGUAACCAGACCCAGUGUAGUGUCGGAUAUAAGAAUAGCCUCUCAGUGUAUAAAGUAGACUCAUCUUUGAAAGUGGAUCCACCCAGUCCAGUUAGGAUCAUUGCUGUGGAAAGACAGAGUACUGCUGAGGUUGAAGUGCAAGUAUGGAAGGCUGUAGAAGGUGUUUUACAAUUAAUGGAAAUUGGUGACGUUCUCAGAAAAGAUAUUGUGGAUCAUCCAGAAAAUUACACAUUACUUGCAACACUCAAUGAAGAGCCGUGGAAAAAGUUUAAGACCAGAAUUUGUGAAGAUGGCAUUCGGGAGAUUGUGACUUUCCUAAAUCCCAAGCAGAUACAAGAUGUGUGUUCACCCUGAUUUUUUUCCUCCCCUUUUUAUAGCCAUAUUCCCAAUAACUACAUGGUUAACAUACAGUAAAUACUUUAUUCAUACAUGUCCUGCAUCAUUCCUGUCAUACAAGUGGAAUUAUUUCUCAUUUAUAAUAUUGUUCAUACAUUGUGAUCCAUCGUGUCUUAAUCAUCACAUAUUUUUACAUGUUAAUUAUUAAGUUACAAAACACAGUGUUUGAUAACUGACAUGGUCAUAAACAAGGGUUCACACUUUGUUGACAUUGAAUGAUAUGAUGAUGACACUUUGCUUUAACCAUAUAAACAUAAUCCGUUUUUUUAGAAUAUGUUAGACGAAAAGCCACAGUUUGUUAAGAAUUAAAAAAAGAAUGUAAGGAUGUUAUAUGAUCAUCAACAUAUUUAUUGUACAUUUAAACUAAGGGGUUUUUCACCUUAUUUAAAACGGAUUGUUCUUGUAUGAUUUAUGUGUAUAUACAUUUGACUGAAUGUUUUUUGCAUGAAGUAGAAAGAAGCAUUGCUUUGGGGUUCAAUCUGCCAGCGAAUACACAGCUGUGUAUUUGUUAGUGAGAAAACCACCUUCUUAAUUCUGUCUGAUGUUAAACUAUACACAUAGUGUAGCUGUUUGUUACGCAGCCACAAUAUUUGGUUUGUUAAUUCAGCCUUAUGACCUUAUUACUACACCUACACAAACCAGAAAUAUUUGUACUUUAAAGUGGUCAAUGUAGCUGAAUGUACUCUUUCCCUCUUCUCAC